AAGCCCUUCACUGGACAAUCUAUUGUAUCUAAGAGAUCCCUAGAAUCUUCUGUGAUGUCACCAGUGUUGUGGUGACACCAACUGCCUUUGGGAUAUUCCUUCAGUUCCCUUUGGGUUCACAAACAGGCAUGUUUCGCCAGCCGCUCAGGCUAUUUCAGAAGGAAAGUGUUGAUCAAGGAGAGACCACACCAAGGCUGAAGGAAGAUGACCUCCUCUCAUCUUCCUUGGAAGGAAGGAAAUCAUUCUGGGGAAGGCUUGGUUUUGGUAGGAAGGCAUCAUCCCAAAAUGUCAUCAGUAAGCAAGAGGAGUGUUUAAAGGAACUGGAGGAACUUAAAUUUGAAAUCCAGAAGUGUCAAUUCGAGAGGGAUGAAUUUUAUCAAAUCCUGGACCUUUAUAUCUAUGAUAAUUGGGACCACAGGCUGGAUGUCGAAUUGCCAAUACUUCAAUCCGAACAUGAGAUGAGAAUGAUGGCUAUGCAAAUGAUGACCAGUUCAAUAAGUGAGGCCAUGGAGAGGUACAAGGAGCUCAUACAAGUGAACAGUUCCUACCGCAUCAGGCACUCCCAGCUUCUGCGUGAACAAACUCAAUUGAAGAACAAUAUACAGAUUUUGCUGAAUGAGAAGAGAGAACUGCUGGUGGAGCAGACUGAACGGCCAGCAUCCUGUGUGGAGGCAAAGAGGCUCUGUGAAGAGGCCGGAAUGAACAUCUGUGUCCCCAGUGCAAAGGAACAGCAGGUCUGAAAUUCUCCAGGAGAAACUCGAACAAGACACAAACCAGGGCAAGAUCUCCCUUGGAGAGAAGUGCUACAGGAGGAGAACUAAGUGUGCACAGCAAAUACACCACUAUUGCAUCUCAUCUGUAAUGUCCAUAGCAAUUGUGGACUGCAUUUUCCUCCUUUAGUUUUAUUUCUUUGGAUUGAAUAGGCCGUACUUUCACCUCCCCACCCUCCAGCAAGUGUAAACUUUUGGAGGGACUCAGAGAAGUGCUGAUGCACAUCAAUCAAGAGGUGCUGGUCAUCCAGAAAGACUGUGCACGUGUAAAUGUGUACUUGUCCUGGUGGGUCAUCCAGAAGAGUUUCAUGGAGAUCAGUUCACAACAUUGGAAAGACUUUGAGAUAAAGUCUGUAAUAUCAUUUCUACUCA